AUGACCGACCGGAACGAUGAUGAUCAUCUGACGAUGCGGCCGAGUGUCAAGGUGAAAAAGCUGCUGCGGAGCACCGACGAGUUCGGAGCCGUUCUCGACAUCAUCCGGAACAAGUUGCUGCAAACGAAUAUCGUGGUCCACUCGAAUAACAUCACCAUCCUGUACAGCCUCAUCCAGUUGGGCUGUAGAGGGAUGAACAUGACCACCGAGCAGCCGGCCACAGCUACGUCUUCACGCAUACGCUGGCAACUGGUCCGGAGGAGGACGGCUGGCAGUUCGACUCCGGAUAUGCAAAUCGCUGGGGAAUUCGACAUCGAUCCGGAUGCGGAAGACUUGGCUCGGGCUGUAUUUGCGGUUGUCGUUUACAUGAUCACUCUCCCUUCUCAUGCAUCUCGGAAUCUCGAUUUUGCUGGCUCGAUCGCAAGAGGAUUCUUCAAAAGCCUCUUCACCCUCCUGGAGCCGCUCUCCCUAACCGUCUGGCCUCCCACC